CCAACUUUUGCCUUCUAUCCAAGUCUGACACGUAUUACUAUGUGAAUAAUGUAAAGCAAAGAAUUGUCCAUAUUUAUACUGUUCUCUUGCUUCCUGUCCUCUCUUCCUUUCCAAUGGCCAAUCCCAUCCACACUACAGCAGCUGUAUCCACCUAUGGGAACACCGUCAAACGCUGCAUGUUAACCCACCUCCACCACCACCGACAUGAACUUUCUGACCUGAUCCCUGGUCUGCCUGACCACAUAGCUCUUCUUUGCCUCUCCUGUGUUCCCCCUUCCUUGCUUUUCUCCGUCUGCCCUUCAUGGCGGCGACUAAUCUAUUCUCCUUCUUUCCCUCCUUUCCUCUCUCUCUACACAGUUUUGUCUUCUACAGAUCAUGGUGACCUUUCUAAUUCUAUUCAAUUCUUUAACUUUGAUCCUAUCUCCUCCAAGUGGGCCUCUCUUCCUCCUCCACCACCAGACCCGCCGCUCCAUCUCCUCCUCCGUCACCCAGCUUUUAUUUCUCGCUACAUACCAGUACAAUCCGUCUCUGUUUCUGGCCAGCUAAUUCUCCUUGCUGCCACCACUCACAAUUUUUUCCCGGCCCUUUCUCGUCCUCUCAUUUUCAAUCCACUGAAUUGUACAUGGGUUUUUGGCCCCCCACUAGCCACACCUCGCCGCUGGUGCGCUGCCGGCGCUAUAAAUGGCUCCAUUUAUGUGGCGAGUGGGAUUGGGGCUUACUUCUCUUCCGAUGUGGCCAAGUCGGUGGAGAAAUGGGAUUUCUUGCAUGAUAAAAAAACAGCAGUAGUGAGAAAGGGUAGCUCUUGGAAAUGGGAGAAGGUUAAAGGGUUGAAAGAUGGAAGAUUUAGUAGAGACGCCAUUGAUGCAAUAGGAUGGAGAGGGAAGCUUUAUAUGGUGAAUGUUAAAGGGGAUGCAGCAAAAGAAGGGUUAGUUUAUGACACUGAGAAGGACGCUUGGGAGGACAUGCCGGAGGGUAUGCUUGCUGGGUGGAAAGGUCCGGUGGCGGCAAUGGAUGAAGAGGUGAUAUAUGUGGUGGAAGAACUCAAAGGUGCGCUAAAGAGAUAUGAUCCGGAGAGGGAUGACUGGGAGGACAUAAUGGAGUCGGAGAGGCUUAUAGGAGCACAGCAGAUUUCUGCCGGAGGUGGUAGAGUGUGCGUCGUUUGCGGUGGCAGUAACAGUGGUGGGAUUGUGGUGCUGGAUGUGGUGACGGAUCCAGUGAGGCUAUGGAUAGUGGAGACGCCGCCGGGAUUCGAAGCUGUGGCAGUCCAUAUAUUGCCGAGGAUGAGUCAGCCAGAUCUUUUAUUUCCAGUACCUCCUUAACUUGUAGCUGUGGAGCUUAAAAUCUUGAUGUUAAUGGCUGCUGGAUUCAUGGCAAAGCAAAUCCAGAGCGUUGAAAAUUUUUGAUCUCGUGGCGUGAGGAGGAUUCCAAGCUUUUAUUUAGGAAAAGAGAACAAGAUUUCUUGUGGGUUGGAAUCAAAAUCUCCUAGUAUCAGAACUCAAGUGAGUUGGAAGAAGAAGAAGAAGCAUCACAUUUUCUGGAAUCUGUGUGGAGCUCUUAACUUUGGAAUUGAUACCCAGAUAGUAAUUGACUGCAUUGAAUAGGAAAAGCUGUUGGUAUUUUAAAUUCUUCCAGGAAUUGUGUCUUUGUUGGAAAUUGUUAUCCAGAAAUCCUGCAUGGAAUAAUGAAUAUAGUACUAUUUU